ACGCCGUUGCCGGAAAUCGAACCCGGGUCACCCGGGUGACAGGCGGGAAUACUUACCACUAUACUAUAACGACUCGGAUGGUAAGACAUGUUUUCUUAACGUUUUAUCGUGAAUACAAAUAAAAAUAAUACUAAAGAAAGACUCUUGUAUAUGGUUUGUUUUGUUUUAUGGAGGAUUUUUAUUGUCCUCCGGAUGAUUAUUAUUCCUUUCAAUUACUUUGGGUUGAACUCUAGAAAUAUUGUUGGUUUCAAAAGAUUGGAAUCUUUUCAACUUCAUUUAAUUGUUGAGAAAGACGAACGAAGUGGUGGGGUGGCGACUGGAGCAGAGGCGUCCGGCCACCGUGGUGGUUGAGUUUAGGUUGCGGCGGCUAGGUUAAAGGUCUUUGUUGUGUGUUUCGUUAACUUAUCAAUAAUGACAAAAAUCAGUAAUCGAUUCCGGGGCUCUUUGAUGGUACGUAGUUAUAUGGACCCAACAAGGUUAAAGACUUUUACCAUUAAAAAAACAAGGUUAGGGACAGAAGACUUUGUUUAACUAGUAAAGUCUCUAGCUGGAUUGGCGGUUUUGAUAGCUCUUUUUAUGGCGGUUGAUGCGUUUAGGCCCUCUGGUUUAACCAAUGGUCACGCCACAUUCUAUGGAGAGAGUGACGCUUCUGGAACAAUGGGCGGAGCUUGUGGGUACGGAGAUCUCUAUGCGGGGUAUGGUACAAUGACAGCGGCCUUAAGCACGGCUCUGUUCAACAACGGAGCUUCUUGCGGAGAAUGCUAUAAAAUAACGUGUGAUUACGCGGCGGACUCGCGGUGGUGUAAGAAAGGAGCUUCGGUGGUUAUUACAGCAACCAACUUCUGUCCACCAAACUUCGCUCUACCGAGCAACAACGGUGGUUGGUGCAAUCCACCGCUAAAACAUCUCGACAUGGCACAACCCGCUUGGGAAAAGAUCGGCAUUUACAGAGGUGGGAUUGUUCCCGUCGUUUUCCAAAGGGUAAGUUGUUACAAGAAAGGGAGCCAAAAACAUUCAAGAAAGUAGAAGUGUAGGAGACUUUAAGGAAGAAGUAGCUGAGCACAUGGGAUGGUAGACUCUCUCUCCCUUCUCUCAUAAGAUUUCUUGAGAGAUAGAGAAAGUCGCGGUGGUCCCGUUUUCUUCCUCCUUUCUGGUUCACGACAAUGACUCUGGUGCACGGUGGUCUCUAUGACGCGGUGUAGCUGGCUUUGACUCCGAUGUUUUCGCGAUCUUCCAAGCGAAAUCAUUCGGCUUUGGUUCCCGGUGGAAUCCGGUGAUCGAUCGCUUUGUUUGGAUCGAUGGAGAAGUUUGAGGCCGGAAAAGAUGGUGGAGAAUUGUAUUCCCGAUUUGGCUCCGGUGGGACACGGUGGGAUGUGUUUCUGGAAACGGUGAAAGUGGUGAAAGAAUUGGCGUGGCUCCUCGUUUAGGUUGAAUUCUGGUGGUUACUGAUUAGGUCCGGUGAUGUGUUAACCGGUGAAGACGGUGUUUGAUACGGCGCCGAUGGGUUUGGGCGCCGGCGUAAGAUCUGGUCGGUGGAGGCAGGAGACGGUUUCCUCUGCAUCGGACACGUUAUCCUUCGUCGUUGAACACGUGUUGUGUACGUGUCUUUUUGGGAGGGGGUUCUGUUUCGGGCCUUAAUCUUCGGCCUCGUUCUUGGGUGUUUAUGGUGGGCCGUUUGUGGUCUUUCUUUUGUUUGAUAAUAGUUUGGACUUGUCUCUGUGGCCACUCUUGUAGUUUUUUUGUCUUUGGUAAUA